CCGCGGGCAGCCAUCGCAAGCGCAAUGCUUGAGCUGUCGCGUGCAUCGGAACCUUCCCGCAGCCUCAAUGGUCAUGAGCUGUGCACUAGUAGUCACUGGGGACACGAUGGGCGUAGAACUCCUCUUGAGGAGGCCCUGGCGGUGGCGCACAGCAGCGGGUACGUCGUGCCUUGCCUCGGCCCCGACCCCAUCCAUGAGACGCAGGGGAUGAACAACUCUGUGUGCGGCAACGGUGGUUGCAUCAUCGCCUCCAACUUGCACAACUCUGCGGAAGUGCUCCCGAGCAUGAUAGUGCAACUGGCGCGCCUGGCGCACGUCCUGGGGCCAGCCAACAUCCUCGUGUCCGUUUACGAGAGCGGCAGCACCGACGCCACCCGGGACUGGCUUGACUUACUUCGCGGCGUGCUCGGCGCGCUGUCCGUGCGCCACGUCAUCACCAGCCAAGGCAGCCUGACUCGAUCCAGGGGCCAGGACCGAAUCGCCUUCCUGGCCAGCGUGCGCCAGGCUGCGGUGGACCAGGCCGCCGCGGCAUGCGCCUCCAGCCGCUUCAGCCGCAGUGCUGGUGCCUGCUCCGCCUCGCGCCUGGUAUUCAUCAACGACGUCUUCUUCGCCGCAGCCGAUGUCGUACGGCUGUUGCAGUAUGGCGUCAAUACGGGUGGGGACGCAGCAGACGGCAGUGGGUACGACGUGGCGUGCGGUAUGGACUUCGAGCCCAUCCUGGCCGACCUGCCGCCGGCGAGGCAGCGGGACGCCAUGACGUCGCACCUGCAGCGCACCUGGGGCCUAGCCGAGCCCACCGCCGCCCGCCUUUCCACCUGGCCGCUGGCCUUCCGCUACUGGAAGAAGGCCUACCGCCGCGCGCCCUCGCUGCUGCGCUCCCUUCCGCUGCUGUUCUACGACAUUUGGGUGGCGCGGGACCUCACGGGCGCCCGGCUGCACCGCGCCGCGCCCUACGUCGCCCACGCCGCCAGCGCCAAACGGCUGCGUGCGGGGCUGCCAACCGAGGUGUACUGCUGCUGGAACGGGCUGGUGGCGCUGGCGGCAGAGCCGCUGCUGCCCGGGCGCAGCGGCGGCAGCGUUAGGUUCCGGGCCGGUGACGUGGCGGUGGGCGAGUGUGCCGCCAGCGAGUGCAGCCUGCUGUGUGAUGACCUGCGGCGGCUUGGGCGCGGCGCGGCGGUCAUGGACCCGGGGGUGCGAGUGACAUACCGGCGGGUGGCGGCGGAGCGGCUGUUCGCCAGCAGGGAAGGAACGGAUGGAGCUAGCGUUGACGCUGGCAGCAGUACCAUUAGCGGAGCUGCCGAUGAUGACUACACGGGGAUUGAGAUAAACAGCCGCGAGGAGUGGAGCGCAGGAGUGCUUGCGGACCUGGCGGCGUGGCGGCGGCAGCACGUGAGCGCCGACGUGCCGCGCAGCGUGGAGUGCUGUGGCCUGAGGCCCGGCAGCGAGGGAGUGGACUUUGAGCACGGUUGCAGCCGCGUCCCGGCGCCGCGCGGCCCGGCCGCGCCCUGAGGCGGAGCUCUCGGACACUGUCAUGCUGGCACCAUACCAGGUGGCAUGUGCAGGGGCGAGGCAGGGGGCGUCAGACGCAGCGUCGCGUGCUUUGGAGUUCGUGCGCAAACGGGAUGACAGCUGCAGGCAGCAGGCGUGCGCUCUGCUUGCAGCGCGAGUGAGUGAGGCACGUGCACGCGACCGCGCUGGCCAUGUGCGUUAACACGUGAGGCCCUUCUGCACGGGGCUGUUGUGCCGCUUGGUGACGCCGGUGCAGCAGCAGCGCUGUGUGUUAUGGUGGGCCUCUGGAGUCCGGUGCGGCCAUCCACGGCCCCGGCAGGACGCCUGACGUUGAAUCCGACGAUUCUGGCACAGAAUGGAUGCAAGAUACUGGCGCUGGCGUAGGCAGCAUUCUUUGUACAAGGUGUUCACGAGCGGCUCAGGACUGGGGCACACAGUAGCUGGCUUCGUGGUGUGGCUUCGGUUAGGGGAUUGUGAAAGCCCAUCCGGGCGUAAACCAUGCGGUAGUUGCAACGGCGUAGCUGUGAGGCCGCCGCUUUGAGGACGACGGAGGACGUCGCCGCCAGGCCCUAUCCAGCUCCACGUUCCAGACCUGUACCCCCAGCACUGAUGUGCGACUCCGCCUUUUAGUAAUGCCUUCAG